AUGAAGAAAUUGCCAUGUUUUAAAAAGAAAAAAGUUGAAGAGGAUACUAGAAAAAUUAAAGCUAAUGAUCCAACAGCAAAUGCAACUAAAGAAUAUGCUGGAAAUGAAAUUUCUACAUCAAAAUAUAAUUUAAUAACAUUUUUACCUAAAAAUCUUUUCGAACAAUUUCGUCGAUUAGCUAAUGCUUAUUUUCUAUUUCUUCUUUGUCUACAACUUAUUCCACAAAUUAGUUCAUUAGCUCCAAUUACAACUAUAUUACCACUUGUAUUUGUCUUAGCCUUAACUGCAAUCAAAGAUGCUAGUGAUGAUAUUGCUAGACAUCGUAGUGAUCGUCAAGUUAAUAAUCGUGAAAUAAAAACAGUUGUUGGAAAAGAAUUCGUAACUAGAAAAUGGAAAGAUAUUAAUGUUGGUGAUAUUGUACAAUUAACUAAUAAUCAAUUUUUAACUGCAGAUAUUGUUCUAAUAUCAACUAGUGAACCAAAUGGACUUUGUUUUAUUGAAACAGCUGAAUUAGAUGGUGAAACAAAUCUUAAAGUACGGCAAGCAUUAGAAGAAACAGGUGAAAUUGGUGAAGAUAUUGAGAAAUUAUCAAGUUUUGAUGCUGAAAUUGAAUAUGAAGCACCAAAUAAUAAUCUUAGCCGAUUUGAAGGAAAUUUAAUAUGGAAUAAUAAGACCUUACCUUUAAAAAAUGAUAAUGUUCUAUUACGUGGUACACGUUUAAGAAAUACCCAAUGGGCAUUUGGAAUUGUUUGUUAUGCUGGUCCAGAUACAAAAUUAAUGAAAAAUAGUGGUAAAGCAACAUUUAAACGUACACAAAUUGAUCAUUUACUUAAUCAAAUAAUUAUUGGUAUUGUUUGUUUCUUAUUAGUUAUGUGUGCUAUUAUGACAAUAUGUUGUGGAUUUUGGGAAUCAUUUUUUGGUUAUGAUUAUCGUAGAUAUUUACCAUGGGAAAAAUAUGUAUCAAAGGAUCAAAAAAUUGGUGCACUUGAACAAAGUUUAUUAGUUUUUUUAUCAUAUAUUAUUAUAUUAAAUACUGUUGUACCAAUAUCACUUUAUGUUAGUGUUGAAUUUAUACGUUUAUUACAAUCAAAAUGGAUUGAUUGGGAUAUUCAAAUGUUUUAUGAACCAAAGAAAGUUCCAGCACAAGCACGUACAACAACAUUAAAUGAAGAAUUAGGACAAGUUGAAUAUAUUUUUUCAGAUAAAACAGGAACAUUAACACAGAAUAUAAUGACAUUUAAUAAAUGUUCAAUACGAGGAAAAUUGUAUGGUUAUGCAACAGAUGAAGCUGGAAAUGAAAUUCAAGAUUCCGAAAAAUUAAAAUCAAUAGAAUUCGAGGAAAAAGAUGAAGAAUUUCGAUGGUAUGAUGAAAAAUUAAUUGAUGCAAUUAAAAAUAAUGAAGAAGAUGAACAUAAUUUUUUUACACUUCUAUCUUUAUGUCAUACUGUUAUGCCUGAAGAAAAAGAUGGAAAAAUAAUUUAUCAAGCACAAUCACCUGAUGAAAAUGCACUUGUAUCAGCUGCAAGGUCAUUUGGUUUUGUAUUUGAUAGUCGUACUCAAAAUAGUAUUACAAUUCGUGUACAAGAUAAAGAAGAAACAUAUGAUUUACUUAAUAUACUUGAUUUUAAUAAUGAUCGAAAACGAAUGUCGAUUAUUGUGAAAAAAGAUGGAAAAAUUGUUUUGUAUUGUAAAGGAGCUGAUUCAAAAAUAAAAGAACGCUUAGAUUCAUCAGAAACAGAUGUGAUGGCUCAAACGGAUGAACAUUUAAAUAAAUUUGCUUCAGAUGGUUUACGUACACUUUGUUUAGCAUGGAAAGAUUUAGAUGAAGGAGAAUACAAUAAAUGGGCUGAAGUAUUAAAUAAAGCAAAUACAAGUAUGGAAAAUCGUGAAGAAAGAGUAAAUGAUGCCUAUGAAGAAAUAGAAAAAAAUCUUAAAUUACUUGGUGCUACAGGCAUUGAAGAUAAAUUACAAGAUGGUGUACCACAAUGUAUUGAACGAUUAUCACGUGCUGGUAUUAAAAUUUGGGUGUUAACAGGUGAUAAAGUUGCAACUGCUUAUAAUAUUGGUUUAUCAUGUCGUUUAUUAACAAGUGAUAUGGAAAUAAAUUUUAUUGAAGAAGAAGAUGAAAAUGAAGUUGAAAAAAAAUUAGAAAAAGUUCGUAAUGAUAUGAUUGAUAAAGUAGAACAAUUAUUUGCCGUUAAAAUAACCGAUAGAAGACAACGACUUGAUUGGAAAGAUUGGGGAAUUGAUGUAAUGAAAUUUGAUCAGCAUAGAAAAAAUUAUAAUUAUAAUAAUAGUGGACAAACACAAGAUAAAAAUGAUCCUAUAUCAUCACUACCAACAACAGAAAAUGGUUCAAGUCCACAAGAUCGUGAACAAUUUGAAGGUUUUGGUUUAUUAAUAACAGGUCAAGCGUUAGUACAUGCAUUAUCAGAUAAAUUAAAAAUGAGAUUUCUUGAACUUGGUACAAUGUGUAAAGCUGUUGUUUGUUGUCGUGUAACGCCAUUACAAAAAGCUCAAGUUGUUGAAUUAGUUAUGCAAAAUGAAAAAAAAAUUACAUUAGCUAUUGGUGAUGGUGCUAAUGAUGUAUCAAUGAUACAGAAAGCACAUAUUGGUGUUGGUAUUAGUGGAGAAGAAGGUCGACAAGCUGUUUUAGCAAGUGAUUUUUGUUUUGGACAAUUUUGUUUUCUUGAAAGACUUUUACUUGUUCAUGGACGUUGGUCAUAUUUAAGAAUAUCGAAAUUUUUACGUUAUUUUUUUUAUAAAAAUUUUGCAUUUACACUUUGUCAUUUUUGGUUUGGUUUUUUUUCGGGAUUUUCAGCUCAGACUAUAUAUGAUCCAUUCUUUGUGGCAACAUAUAAUGUUUUCUUCUCAUCAUUACCUGUUUUAGCAUUAGGUGUUUUCGAUCAGGAUGUCAGUGCUGAUCAAUCAAUGCGUAAACCACAUUUAUACGGUCCAGGUCAAAAUAAUGAAUUUUUUAAUAAAAAAAUCUUUGCUGAAAGUGUUAUACAUGGAAUUUUAACCUCAUGUAUAAUAUUUUUUGUUGCAUAUUUAUCUGUAUCAAAUAGUACUCGUUCAAAUGGAAUAACACAAGCUGAUUUACAAUCAUUUGCUUUUAUGGUUGCAACAAUAAUGGUUAUUGUUGUUAAUUUAGAAAAUGCACUUGAAACAUGGUAUUGGCCAAGUUUAUAUCAUUUAGUUUUAUGGGGUACAAUAGUUGUACAUUUUGUAUUUCAUUUUAUAUUAUAUUCACCAUUUAUAAUUAAAAUAUUCAAAAGAAAUUAUCAUUACGUUGGUGUAGCACAAUCUGUUUUAUCAAAUGAACAUUUUUGGUUUACAUUAUUACUUACAUGUGCAAUAUUACUUUUACCUAUAUUUUGUCGAGAAUUUUUUCGUAUGCGUUUUAUGCCAAAUAAAACUGAUCGUGCAAGAUUAAAUAGAAAAUAUCGUAUGGACGAAAAAGCUGCAUUUGUUGAACAUAUAAAACAAAGACUUGGUCGAGUUAAACGACCUAUACUAUCAGGUUAUGCUUUUUCACAACAAGAAGGUUGGGGUCCAUUGAUUACAUCGGGACGAAUGCAAUCAAAAGCAGCUUCUCGUCGAAGACCACCAGCACAAAUUAAUAAUAUAAAUUCACCGACAACAACUGACAAUGAUUUAUCUCAAAUACAAGAUUCAACUGAUGAUCAUCUAUUGAAAAAUGAAAAAGAUUCCUCAGAGACAACAAUACCAAGUAAAUUUGUACCCAAUGUUGAACCAACGAAUAGGAAACCAUCAACUAAUGCAACCAAAGAAACUGAUCCUUUAUUAUCAUCUAUUAAUAACAAGCCAUGA